AUGAUAUCCUUAAUUAAUUUCAAUCCAGCAGAUAAAUAUUGCGUAAUUGACAGUCCUCGCUCAAUUUAAGUUAUGAGACAAAGAGGGAUUGCUCAAAAUGAAUUAUUAUGUGUUAACAAAGAUUAAUUAUAAGCAAUGAUGAAAAAAGAGAGAUCAUUAACAAAUGAGAAUUUAGAUGAUUUCCAUAAACAUUUUGAAUAUCGUAGAUAAUAAAAAGUCUAUGCAUUAAUAAGAGAUAGAGAAGCUUUAAUUGAAAAGGAAAAAAGAAGUAAGAUUGAAUAAAGUACAUGCAGUUUGAAACUGCUUAGACCAGCAAGUAGUACAAACACAUCAAAAUUUAUGGAUCAAGUUUAGAAAAGAAAAUAUAUGGAGGAAUAAAGACAAAGGAAUUUAUAGGAGAUGAUGUAAAAGAGAGAAGAAUAGACAUAAAUAAGAUAAGAGAAAAUGUAAUUAUAUGAAGAAAAGAGAAAAAGGAUGUAAGAGGAAAGGUAAAGAGAAUUUUAAGAAAAAUAAGAAAAUAUUGCAAAAUAAAAAAGAUUAAAAGAAUUGGAUGAAUAAAGAAAAAAUAAAUAAUAAUAGUAAGUUUAUUUUGAAAAAGAACAAGAACGAAAAAUGUAAUUAGAAUUUGAAGAGUAACAAAGAAAAGAAUAAGCUGCUAUUAGAGAAUAAUAAUAAAGAGAGUUAAAAUAAUAAUUAGAAAGAGAAAAAAAAAUGAUAGAAAAAUAGAGAGAAUAAGAAUAUUUAAUAAGAAAAUAAGAAGAAGAAGAAUAGGAAAUUAAAAGAUAAAUGUUUUUUAAUUAAUAAUAAGAAUCUAAAAAAGAACUUGCUUAAAAAAGAGCUUAAUCAGCUAAAGAAAGGUAAAGAGAAGCUAAGCGAAGUUAAAUAGAAUAUUUGAAUAAAUUAAGAGAAGAUUUUUAAAAGAAGGAAGAAAAAAUUGCUGAAAAGUAAUACAAAUUUUAAGAAUAAUAAAAAGAAAGAUAAUUAUCCAUUGAAGAGAAAAAUAGAAUUAAAAAUGAAAAAAUUAAACAUACAGCUAAAUAAAAAUUACAAGAUCAAGAAGAAGUAAGGAGAGAAUUUAUGGAAAAAGAGAUGGAUAUUUAAUUAAGAAUUUAAUAGAGAAGUCAAUCUAAAUCUAAAGAAUAAUUUAUGUAGGAAGAAGCAGAUAGAAGAGCUAAACAUAGAGAGAAAGUCAAGAAAAUGAAUAUGUUAUAAUUGGAAGAAAAAAGAAAUAUAUAUUUAAGAAAGAUUUAAGAAUAAGAUGAAAAAGUAAAAUAUUAUUAUUAAAUUUUUAGAUUGAAAAAGUAAAAAAUGAAUAAGAAAUCAUGUUAUAAUAAUAAGCAUAUAUGAAAUUAAAAAAAAAACUUGAUUAAUAAGAGGCUAUAAAACAUUAAAAAUAAUUAGAAGAAUAUAAAAGAGAAUAAAUUAGAGAAAAAUUGAGGUAAGUUGAUUUGAGAAUGGAAUAAAAAAAGGAUGAGUAAAGAGAAUUAGACAGAUUAAGAGAAUAAGCAAAUAGAGUUGAAAUGAUGGGAAAAAAAUGA